UUCCUGCUAGUUCGAGCUCGCGCUGGUAUUACGGCGAAUGAUAGGCCCGGAGUUGGCCAGACUACGAGAGGUGAGAUCUUGAGAACCCCAUUACAGCGUGGGUGAGUAAGUGCUACAUGCAGGGGUUCGAGUCGGCCCGCCAGGCCUCGUCACGGCUGCAGGCUGUCUCAUAUCGACAUACAUCUCAAGUUGGAGGCGAGCCCUAUAGUAUCCAACCUCAGCAUAAACGGUACCGGUAUCCGUGCUCAUUACUCUCCAAGCUACACAAGAGACCGUACUAGUAUCAUGACAUCCGUAGCUCCUGAUCAGCCCUCGGGUAUACCGGUACCCAACUCAACUCGUUCGUUCUGGCACAGCGAGCCGAACGAGUUUCUACUUGGCCAUCGCACCACGCCCGAAUUGCCCUCGGAAGCCGACGUAGUGAUUGUUGGGAGCGGCAUCACAGGCUCAUCCGCUGCGCGCUUCCUGACAGAGGACCCGCGAUACAAUGGCCGGAGCAUCGUCAUGAUCGAGGCGAGAGAGGCGUGCUGGGGUGCGACAGGCCGGAACGGAGGCCACUGUCAAGUUCUCCCCGUCGCGCGGGGCCUCGAUGUCGCAAAGUUCGAGAUCCUGAACUACAACACAGUCAAGUCGUACAUCUCCGAGAACAACGUGGCCUGCGAAUGGCGCAGCGUGUCGGGCUGCCGCGCGUUCUUCUCUGAAGACAUGUUCAAAGCAGAACUGAGCAAAGUCGCCGCGCUGAAAGCAGCCGACCCAGAGCUCGGAAAGCUCGUCGAGGUCAUCACCGACAAGGCUAAGCUCGCCAAGCAUCGUGUGAGCACGGCCGUAGGAUGCACGCUGUGCCACUCCGCAGCGAGUCUCUGGCCCUACAAACUCGUCGCGUUCGUACUCGAGAAGUUGGUAAGAGCCGGCCAGCUGAAUCUCCAGACCAACACGCCCGUCGAGCGCAUCGCGUCCGGCGACGCAACCCACCCGCACGUCCUGCACACGCCCCGGGGCCCCAUUCGCGCACGCACCGUCCUCCUCUGCACCAACGGCUACACCUCGCACCUCCUUCCCGCCCUCGCGGACCUGAUCGUGCCUGUGCGUGGCGAGAUGUCUGCCCUGCUCCCUCCGAAAGGCGCCCCGCGUCUCCCGAACUCGUACGGCCUCGAGGGGCAGCCCGACCAGCCCGGCCACCUCUCCGACUACCUGAACCAGCGGCCGUACGACGGCGUGCCGAACCCCGCGGGACACUACAUGUACGGCGGCGGCGACGCGGGCGCGGACUAUCCCCGCGUUGGCAUCUGGGACGACGGCGUGGUGGACGAGGGCAUGGCGGCGUGGCUCCGCCGGACACUCCUUGUACGUUUGGAGCUGGGGGGAGAGACGGAGGGACUCGAAGAGCUGGAGGCAACGCAUCAGUGGACGGGGAUCAUGGGGUACUCGCGGGACAACAUGCCCUGGGUCGGCGAAGUGCCAGGGAUGAAGGGUGUCUGGCUUGCUGGAGCCUACUCAGGACACGGCAUGCCGAAUGGCACGCUUUGUGGCAAGGCGGCCGUUGAGCUUAUGCUAGCCGACGAGCAAGGUAUCGCUGCGUCAGAGGCGCACAAGAGCGUUGUGGAGACGGUGGGCCUGCCCAAAGGCUAUCUGAUCACUGAAGCAAGGAUCGCGGAGGCGAGGAAGCUGCCUCCCGUUGCCAAGGCAGACGCUAUGGGCACGUUCGGCGCCGAUGCUGUGCGCAUUUCGGGGACGGAGAAAGCAGGCAUUGCUGAGUACCUGAAGUCGUUCAUCUGGUCAUCGAAACCGUGACUCAGACACAAUGGACGCGUGUAUUGAUAAAUAAUCGGCAAAAUAACAACACAAUGUCACAAUGUACCACAUGCGUUGGCGAUACAUCUAGUCCCGGCGAUCAGGCCGGCUUGUAAAGUCCUACUCUCAGAGGAAGCUCUGGUCUGAUGCCGUCCUUCCCGACUGUGGGGAACAUGUUGUCAGCGGUGGUCCAUAAGAUUGGCUUGCCGGUCGACUCGAAGGUGAACGCGGAUAUCAACACUGCUAGCACCACCUUGAUCUCCAUUUCAGCGAAUUUGAAGCCUCUGUGCGGGAGGAUUAGCAAUGAAACUGAAAUACUAUGUGCGGACGUACAUGCACGACCUCUUUCCGCCGGA